UUCAGGAAGCCUGAAAACGGGGUUUUUCAUGGAGGAAGGUGCUCGUGAGUGUUGAAAAAUAUCGCUAAAAUUGCAUUUUGUGGAUAAAUUGUGACCCCCGAAGACCCCUGGAGUGCUCAAAAGGCACUGCCCAUAAAUUUCUCGUCCGACAAUCCAAGUGUGCGUGAGGAGAAAAACAAGGUGUGAAAGGUGAAAGAGAGAGAGCAAAAAAAAGAAGGCCCCAAAAUGGACAGCCCAUGUGAAUCGGAGAGCUCUCUUGACGGUGUUAUGUUGCCCCCCAGUCCAGUUUCCAGGGAGCAAUUGAGCAAGAGAAUUGAGAGCCUCCAGCAACAAAACAGAGUCCUCAAAGUGGAAAUGGAAACCUACAAGAUCCGCGUAAAGGUACUCCAGGAAGAGAAUCGAGCCCUUCGUCAAGCUUCAGUCAUUAUUCAAGCAAAAGCUGAACAGGAGGAAGAGUACAUUUCCAAUACAUUGCUAAAAAAGAUUCAGGCAUUGAAGAAAGAGAAGGAGACUCUUGCACAUCACUAUGAGCGUGAGGAAGAGUGUUUGACAAAUGAUUUGUCACGGAAGUUGGAUCAAUUGCGUCAGGAAAAGUGUAAGUUGGAGCAGACUCUGGAGCAAGAGCAGGAGUGUCUGGUGAAUAAAUUGAUGCGAAAAAUUGAAAAGUUAGAGGCUGAGACAUUGGCUAAACAGACAAAUUUGGAGCAGCUGAGGCGUGAGAUGAUUGAACUAGAGAAUACAUUGGAGCAGGAACAGGAGGCAUUGGUGAAUAAAUUGUGGAAGCGUAUGGAUAAGUUGGAGGCAGAGAAGAGGUCAUUGCAGAUUAAAUUGGAUCAACCGGUGUCAGAUCCUACGAGUCCCAAGUAUGAGGAAUUGGCGGCCGCAACAAAUGGUGACACAGCAUCAAAUCUCAGUUCACACAUUCAGACAUUGCGUUCGGAAGUUGUACGUCUGAGGGCCAAUUUGGCGGCAGCUCAGAAGGAGACGCAGGAGAAGAUGGCUCAAUUUGCCCAGGAGGAACGUUGCAUUGGGCUGAGGGAGGAGAAUUUGCGUCUACAGAGGAAGCUGCAGUUGGAGGUGGAGAGGCGUGAGGCACUGUGUCGUCAUUUGUCCGAGUCGGAAUCCUCGCUGGAGAUGGAGGAGGAGCGUCUGUACACAGGUGAAGGUGGAGGCGGUGGCGGUGGACUUCUGGCCGGUAUGCAGCAUCAUCGACAGCGCACAACCAGCAGCCCAGUGCCCUACAGUCCAUCCAGUAGCCGACCACUCAGUCCUGGCACCGCAAGUCGUUACUGUGCCUCAUGUGGACAACUUUUGGUGCCUCCAUCGUCCACUCCUUUGGCCAAUGUUUUCCAUCCUAUUGUUUCAGCACCCAUUUCUGGACGUCGCACGAGUGAGAGAUUCAUAAAGCCAGCAAUUCCAACGCCAUCUCUUGGCGGUGUGACAAAUAGCGCCUCAGUGGCGACAUCUGGGGCCGCGGCAACAAUGAGUGUUAGCGGUAUGACUGGUGGAGUGCAUCCGUCUGUGACUGUUGCUCAGGCUGGGGGAACCGGUGCCGCACAGGCAACAGCUCCAGCAGCCAUUUCGCCCCAGCAAUCCUCGAGUAUUUCCUUCCCAGGCAGCAAUAGUGCUUUCAUCCAGCCAGCCAGUCCUAUGGAUACGUCAGUUUGCAAGGAUUAAGUGGGCUGAUGAAGAGAAAAGGGGGCGUGGUUUCUCAGAAAAUGCUUGCUUCAAUGCUCUUCCUUUCCCAGUGAUGAUGUAGUAAAGAUGGCGCGGCACUGAAGUGCAAAAGGAAAGAGAUUUAAAGAAAAAGAAAAACACUGACUUGCGAAUUUAUUUCUACACAGAUUUCUUUGCAGAAAAAAAAACCAAUUGAUUUAUUUGAUUUUACUUUUUGCAUUUACUUUAGAGAGGAAGAAGAAAAAUAUUUACGCGUUAAGUUUAAUAAAUGGGUUUAAGUUAAAGGGUUUCAAAAAGAACUUUCCCUUGAGAUAUUCUUAUUGAAGAUUUAAAAUAGAAGCAUCAAUGAAGAAAACAUUUGAAAGACUCAAUGACGAUUUUAUUCCUUUUCUUAAUCACAUUUCAUGAAUGAAUUUGCUUAUGCGGUAUAAUAUUAUUUUUAAAAAUGAAUAUUAUAUAAUAACACUUCUUAGCAUACAAAGACAUGUUAAUUGUAAGAGGAAAGUGAGGUUAUGAGAGAAAAAAAAUCAUAGAAGAUAUCGUAGGAGGAAAACUGAAAUGUUCUUUAAUAGAAUUGAGAGAAAACUAUUCAUUUUCACUACUGCACCGUUUGUAAUUCAAUUAAUCACACAUUAUUAUUAUAUUUUUUAUUAUAUUUUCAAGUCAACUUUGUAGGCAUUAGAAAUAUACUUCAUGUAACUAUU